GGGCGCGCCAUGGCGGCGGGAGCGGAGCCGCGCGGCGCCGGCCUGGAGGCCGCGGUGCGGGGCGGGCUGCGCGUGCUCCGGGAGCGCUGGAUGCGGGGCCCCCGCCAGCGCGGCGGGACCGCGCCGGCCCCGCUCCCGACGCCCCCGGACGGCGCGGAGGGAGAGAGCGCUCUGCGGAUGCUGCCGAUCGACGUGCAGCUGAACAUCAUGUCCUUCCUCUCGCCCCAAGAUUUGUGCCGUUUAGGAAGCACAAGUUGUUACUGGAGGGCAGCUGUGCAAGACCCGUUGUUGUGGAGGUAUUUUCUCCUGCGAGAUCUCCCCUCUUGGACAUCUGUUGAUUGGAAAUCACUCCCAGAUGUGGAGAUUUUUAAUAAAGCCUUUUCAGAGGUCAGCGACAAUGCACUGUAUGAUUACAUGGCAGUAUAUAAAAGGAGCUGUCCUCAGGGUAGAAGAAGUUUGAAAUCGAGCCGUCCUCGGUAUGGGGCUGUGACUUCCUUUUUGCAUUCACUGGUCACUCAGGCAGAACCUCGCUUUGCUAUGUUUGGGCCAGGUUUGGAAGAGCUGGAUGACUCUUUAGUACAAAAGAUGAUGACAUGCCCAGAAAUUCUGCUAGUAGCUGGCCUACCUCAUAGACAAAUUCAUGGAAUCGGAUCAGGAGUCAGUUUUCAGUUUAACAACAGUCAAAAAUUCAAUAUUGUGACACUGUAUUCCACCACGAGUGUGGAAAGGAGGAGAGCAAGGGAAGAGCAAGCUGUUGCUGUGAAUAAGAUGUUUUACCAAGAGAACAGCAUAGUAGGGAAUCAGCAAGCUGUGCACUACAGUGUAAUAGCUCAAGUGAGGAAGGUGUGCGAAGUAGUUGAUGGAUUCAUUUAUGUUGCCAAUGCAGAAGCUCAAAAAGAGCAUGAUCGUCCGGAGGAGCUUGCUCGUAUUUUGGCAAUGAUUGAUCCAGCCCUCGGGCCUCCGAACAGGCCUCUCCUGGUUUUGUCCUGUGUGUCUCACACUGGUGUGAAAAGAAUUCCGUGUGUUUACGUGGCACAUCAGUUGCAACUAAAUCUGCUACGUCAGCCCUGGAUGAUGCAGGACACUGUAGCUGCAACUUUAGAUGGAUUGCUAAAUGGAAUUGAGUGGCUCUUGGAAGAAGCAAAUAGUAAAAAUGCACAGUAAUGGAAUUAGGCAUUGUUGCACUGUAUAAACCCUUUGGUGGUUUGCAUUUCAGUUGAAGUGAGAAUCUUGUCCUUCCUGCCAGAGUACUGUCAGAAGGGAAAAUUAAAAAGCAAACCUGCAUUUAUUUCACUGCACAUACUUAAAUCCUUAACAUUCUUCCAACUAUAGUCCUGAAUUAGAAGUAUGAGUAGGAUUGCCUGGAUUCCAGUUGCCAUGAAGAAGUGAUUUGGAGGGACAAUCUGAGUGGUUUGGUUUGCUUUGGUUUGGUUUAUUUCUUUCAACCAGAGGCCUUUAGAGCACAAUCUUUUCUCAAUAUAUCUGAUGGUCUAAUAUCUUCUGUAAAUAUAUAUGUAACACUACAUUAGUUUAUCAGCACAGCCCUAUCACACAUGUAGUAAAUAUAUUCAGUGGAGAUCUUUACAGUGACACUUCCUGACCAAAGAAAAUAUACUGUAGGUUGUACAGUAAAAGGCUGACAGAAAGACAGUAACUCCUGAUUUCAAAAGACUGACUUCUCCUGUAUUUUUCUAGAAAAAAUGUCCAGACAAAAAAUAGCAGGGAGGAUUGUCAGCCCAGACCAAAAUUCUAGAAGCAAACAAACAUGCUGUGUAUGAAUUGUUUCUUUAUUGUGAUCUUACUUAUUAACCAACCACGACAGACUUCAGCAUCUUCUGCUUUCUUUUGCACUGAAAUCAUUAGCUUGAACUGGACGUGCCUCUGAUACCUUGAACAAAUGUUAAGUAGAAUCAUUAGUACUCCAGGAUUUCAUUGUAUGCAUACAGUAUCAGUUUUUCAAAUAUUUGUGGCUAUUUGCAGAUGUGAAUUGUACCUGUCUUGAAAUUUUCCACACAGUUGCAAAAAUUUUUAUGAAAAGCAAAGCAACAUUUUAAAACUGGAAUUGUGUUUUCCAUAUUGAUGUCUUUUGGGAUAGUCAUAGUCUUCUGCCUUUUCCUGUUUUUAUUACUGAGGGAAUGUUCAGAAACUUUGCUUGGAUUUCUGUGCAUUUAUUUGCUUUAUUCUGGGAUUUUUUUUUUUCUCCUAUCUUCAUGGAAAUUCAAGUGUCUCACAAUUUUUUCUUGGUACCUAGAUAAAUGACUGCAUGGUGCACAUACAGGUGUAACUGCCCUUAAUCUGGGAUACAUGAUUGAUGAUCAACACAGCUAUGUCAUUCCAUUUGAGAAGAUGUUUGAAAUUUUUAAUGAACUAGAAAGUAUCUCUUUUUCGUCUUUUUGCACAAUUAAUUCAUCUUUCUAGAUAAUUGUUGUAUGUGUUCUAAUCAGGACAUACGGGAGUUUCACAGGAAAAUCCAAAGGAAUAUGCACAAUGAAAAUUCUGUGGCUUAUCCCUCUUUUUUUUUUUAAGUGUACGUGUGUUUUGCCCUUUAAAAUAGAGCAGACACAAUGGAUUUACGAGUAUUUGGGUUAAAAUUCCAUGCUUUGUGACUGGGUGUAUGUGUUUUUCCUGCUAGUCAGAGUAAUUUCAUAGUGGUUUAUAUGCAGGGGAUUGAAUGCAGCAACCUGAUGCUGUAUUAGCUGCUAUGACUAUGGGAGGGUUAUGUAAGAUCCUCAUUCUACUUUCUUCAUGAGGAAUAAAUGAUUUUUUUAAACAA